AUGUCUGCUGCAUUGUCGUCAUCGUCAGCAGCAGACACAGACACCAUCUGUUCUACUUCUACUACUAGCAAUGUCGAACUUGGCGUUAUGACGGUGGAUGGAAGCCGCUUAAAUAGGCAGAGGAGUCCAGCAAGAUGGAAGAGGAAGUUGUUUUCUUACAAUUCCAUCUCUGAAGAGUCCCCAUCACUUCAUCUGGCCAACGAUCUUCAGGAACUUUCCACAACAUCUUGUAAGAAAGAAAGGGUUGCAAAUGAUGGCAAUGUACCAAAUUUUGCAUUGACAUUGCUGCACAAUGACAUGGUUUAA